UGAAAAGAUCAUGUGUUCUUCCAAAAUGCGGGAUUUUUUUAUUGUAAUACAAUAAGCACGAGUGUUCAAAGUGAAAAUUAUUUUAACAAAAACUGAUUCACUUUUUAGUUGCAGAAAGAUAUACAGAAAAACUUGCAGACAUUUUUGAAAUCUAAACCAUUCUGAUAUCUUAAGAAGAUAUGAGAUUCGCUUUUCGAGUUCUCGUUUCGUUUUCGUGUGUCGUUUCAACGAUUUCUUCGAAUCAUAACUUGUACCGUAAGACGAGCACGGUACCGUGGACGUCAUGUAAACGUUUAAAUGGAUUAACUUCCAUUUUGAAGUGUUACCGUGAAUGCAGGGAAGCGUUCGAUGAGUUAUACUUGUUCAGUCGUGACGUAACCACGGGAACCUGUUAUUGCUGUGACAAUAAACCAGGAGUUGACGAUGUGCUAAUUCCAGAGUUCGAAAGGGAGACUUUUAUUACUGGUAACUGUGCAUUAAGGUACAAGGGGUAUGAGUACAACAACCAGAAAAUCUGCCUGAGGUACGAAGAAACUUUAAAGACUUACCACGAAGCCGCGGACGUUUGUCAGAGAGAAGGGGGCGACCUAAUUCGAGUCGAUUCUAUUACCAAACAUAACAUUAUGAGGGCGUUUAUUGAGGAACAACGCCUGGCGGAUCGAUCUGAGGUGUGGGUUCAAGGCAUCAGGGAUAGCAACCUGGUGUGGAGGUAUCACGACUCCACAGAGCUUGACUACACCUGUCUAUCAGAUGUGUCGGGGAAUUCCAAGUCGAAUUACAUGCGGGCGAAAAGUGUGAAUAAUUACUUCUGCGCUGACACCACAGAAACACACAAGGCAUUUUACCUGUGUGAGAUGUUUAUUGGUUUUAUUUGAUUUUAAAUCCAUAACCUGGAGGGGGGGGGUUAAUAUAAAAAGUACAAAACAUCUUAUUUUUAAUUAACCCUGUUAUCAAAGUGAUUGUUACUUAUGGCAACAUCUUAUCUGUGAUAUCAAUUUUGGAAUCUGUUUUAUUAUGUAUUAAGAUUACUUUUCUUUGACUUAGUACUGUGUUUUCCCCUCAAAACAAGGAAUCAUUGAACACCAUAGCAUACUCUUCUUCUAUAUUUUUUCAAAAUAGUUGUAUUUGAAUAUCGUCAAAAGUAUUGACAUAAAAUUGAUACGGAAUAAAAGGAUAUUGUACUCGGCAAUCGUAUGAACUUGUAAAGGUAUAUAUGAACAGACUAUUCCAGUUAGGGGCGGAUAAAAGCAAGAGCCGCUUUGAAGUGUCAUUAUAUGAUUACGCUGAUUUCCUGUGUUGUAAAUCUUUGUUGUUCGUGUGUAUGUUUAUUUUUUAAACAAAUGGCCGACUUCUUUUCACUUACUACUCAGUAUAUAUAUUCAAUUAAUUGUCACUUUUAUCAAUGCCUUGUGUAGACUGAACUAUUGUAAAAUAUAUAUAUUGCUUAUCUAGACAUGCAUACCUGUUUCGCUUUUUAUUCCGAUGAUGAAAAUGUUUUACAUGUAAGUCAGAAAGGUUAUUAAAUUGAUUGUAUGUCAUAACGUUACAAUUCACUGGUUUUUAGUAAUUGUGGUUUUUUGCUAUGUAAUUGAUUUUUUUUCAUUGUUAGCUGCUAAAUACUUCAUUACAUUUAGAUUAUUUAUUUGCAGUUUUGAUCUAAAUACAGUGAAACAAUGUUUGUCAUAUUUUGAUGGAUUAUGAGUUACGUAUAUAUAACCAACGUUUCUAAUGCAUAUAUUGUAGCGUGCAACCCUAUUGAUUUAAAAAAAAAAAGCCGAUAGGAAUCCUUCGUUAUAUUUCUGAGGACUAGUAGUUAAUAUUCAAUAUAUACAUAUACUGAUUAUAAAAACAAAUAGACUGCUUGUCGUAAAAUCAAGUAUG